AUGGCCAAGUUUACGCUGACGACUCCGAUAGCGAAAGCAGAGGCACUCGGUUGUCAAGAUGCACCAAUGUAUCCAGAUUGUGGAAUAUUGGGAAUCAAGCAUGUCAGAUAUAUCUUGAAUGCCGACAAGAAGAAGCUAUUCCCAGAUAUGUUGAUUGAUCGACAGCAGCUAAUGAGCAAAAUACAUGGGCGGGAGGUGUCAACCUUCAAGAAUGAAACUAUGGGACAAAUCAUAUACUUUACAAGCGAUCCAGAAAACAUCAAAGCCAUGUUAGCCACUCAGUUCGCUGACUACGACCUGGGUCCUGCAAGACGUGGAAACAUGGUUCGCACACUGGGUGACGGGAUUUUCGUUCAAGACAACAAAGGAUGGGAACACAGCCGUGCUAUGCUCAGACCACAGUUCGCUCGUGAACAAAUAUCGGACCUUGACCUGGAAGAGAACCAUGUCCAAACCAUGAUGAAAGCUAUUGGACCUGUGGAAGCCGACGGCUGGACUUCCGAAAUCGAUAUACAGACCUUAUUCUUCCGUCUCACCCUCGACUCCGCCACAGAGUUCCUCUUCGGCGAAUCUGUCGAUAGCCAGAUCCUCGAAAUGCCUACCUCCAAUUCUCAAAAGACUGGUCUGGAGAAGGCAUUCGCACACAAUUUCGACUCAGCCCAAGCGCACAUGGCUAGGAGUUUUCGUCUGGGCGAUAUGUACUGGCUACACAACCCACGCGAAUAUAAAGAAAACAAUAAAGUCGUCCAUGAGUUCGUGGACUACUACGUGAACCUAGCGCUGCGAGGCAACCUCAAUACUGAGAAGAAGAUGGAAGAAGGUCAAAAGAAGCACAAGUACAUUCUUCUUGAGGCGCUUGGGCAGCAAACAAAGGAUCCACUCGAGUUGCGCGGACAGCUGCUCAACAUCCUCCUCGCUGGACGUGAUACAACAUCAAGUCUGCUCUCCUGGUUUUUCCAUCAACUUCUCCGCAAUCCAGAAGUUUUCGAGAAACUAAGAAGUACUGUAAUUGACACUUUCGGGACCUACGAAGACCCGCACGAUAUCACUUUCGCCAACCUGAAAAGCUGUCAAUACCUGCAGUACUGUCUGAAUGAAACGCUUCGAAUCUGGACUGUCGUACCAGGUAACGGACGUCGAACUAACAAGGCUACCACAUUGCCUAGGGGAGGCGGACCAGACGGCAAGUCGCCGAUAUACCUGCCGCCUCAAACAGAUGUUAACUUCAGCUCACAUGUCAUGCAUCGCCGUAAGGAUUUAUGGGGUCCAGACGCGGAGGAAUUUCGACCAGAAAGAUUUGCUGGACGAAAGUCUGGUUGGGAAUACCUCCCCUUCAAUGGUGGCCCAAGGAUCUGCAUCGGACAGCAAUUCGCUCUGAUCGAGGCGUCAUAUGUCGUUGUUAGAUUGCUGCAGAAGUUUGAUAAGCUUGAACUGCCUCCACACGAGAUUGAAGAAAGAGUUACCAGCAACUUGACACUGACAAGUUGUCCUGCAAGACCGGUCCGAUUGAGAAUGCGUUUGGCGAAGGAUUAG